GAAGAACUUAUACUUAAGCAACGAGGUGAAAUAGACAAUAUUGUUGAUUUUGAAACUAACCAACCCGCAACAAUUAUUAAUGGAAAAGUCGUGAAGUUUUCUGCGGAAGUUUUUGCCACGGCACUAAGAAGAUUUAUUUAUAGAUUUUUACAAGGCGAAAUACAAAAAGAGACCGACCCUCUUUAUCUUUAUAUUUGUGAUCCAUCAAUGCAUUUUUGGCCUCCCAUAAUUUCUGAAUUAGAAGAUUUGGAAGAAUCGUUCCCAGAGAGCUUAUUGGUUAACCAAGCAUUUGAAGCUUAUAAAUAUGUUAUGGAUCAGAUUGAGGCUCAUAAACAAAUGGUUUCUUUACGGGAACAACAAAUACAAAACAGACUAACUAAUCCGGAGGCUACGAACCUCCCGUAG